AAUCCUCCAUUAUCCAUUCCCCAAUACAAGAUAGAACAAAAUUUUUAUUCCCUCCCCUUCCUUCCACCUUGUUGCUCGUUCAGAGAAACGCUGAGGCCUCUUCUCUCGUCCUUUGUUUCCUCAACUCGACUCAGCUCAAGUGGAGGACGUUUCUUCUUCCGCUUUACAGAUGAGCAUCUUAAAUCAGUCUGCCGGUCCCUGUGGGCAGCCAUUGUUCCCUUCCAAAGGUACUGAUACCCAAGAUGUGUGUCGACAUCUUCCAAUGGCCAUGCCGCUGCAUGGAACUCGUUCCUUGAAGGCACCCCAGCUGAGCUCAUCGAAGAGAACCUCAAUAACCAUUGCAAGCAGAGACUCCUCAGUAGGGGAAUCUUUUAGUGGAGCAACCAAUGCUACUAUUGAGAAUGAGAGUCAGAAUGGCAUGCCGGAAUGGUUUAGUAAUGACCAUCAAUCGAAGCCCAUGGAUCAUCCUGCGACGAUCGAGCGUAACGACGGAUGCAGGACAGCAGUACGUGAUGUGGAAUUCCAGCCCUUCUCUCUGAACUUCUUGCAUGCUUUUAUGGAUAAUGAGAAGUUGGAUGCGAUAAAAGAUGUCAUGGGAGAGGCUGCAGGCAGCAUCUCUUCGCAGCCAAGCGGCGUGCUCGCCAUUGUUGUUUCCUCUGCUGUGAAGCUGGACGGCAGACAGAUCGAUCUCAUAGCUAAGAAGAUGCAGAGACUGACAGGCUUUCCAAACUUGAGAAUGGAGAACAUCAUCGAUCCAUCAUUAAUAGCUGGCUUCGUCAUUAGCUAUGGUGAUGACGACUCCCAUGUCAUUGACCUCAGCGUUAAAGGUCAGUUGGCUGCGCUUGCGGCGCGCGUCGAAUCUUCUGAUCAGAGAAUUGCCAGCCAUGGCCAGAAUUGGAGUCUCUUGAAGAGCAAGCGCUGAAGUGCAUAUCGAGAAGCAUGCUGAUUCUAUACCGGUUAGCUCUGAAAUUUUGGCAUCAGAGACUGGAUGUCAUCAGGAUAUUAACUCACUUCAGUAAGAAUAAUAGUCUGGCUGUGUUUGUUUGUUGACUAUACUUGCUGUUGCUGACAGUAAAUAACUUCAGUGCUGGGAGGAAAUAUCACUGCAAGUCCUCACAAAACAUCCUUUCUGUUUUAUUUUGCGAUGUAACAAAUAAAUCACUAUUGUACUUUUAUAUGAGCUUUGUAAAAAAAAUCUUGGUAAGAGAGCUUGCCCACAUUAACGCUUUCUUGAAUUGCACCUUUA